CUCAUAUCAUAUAGGUCACGUGUUUCAACUUCCACUUCUUGGGCUUAUUUUGUAUUUCCACCUCUUCCUAGCUUCCAUGUUUCAACAUAUCACAAUGUAAACAAUUGUUAAAUUCCAUAUUAGAUAACACGAUGAAUCCAUCCACGCACAGUGAAUCCAUCCAAGAUCCUAAUAGAUCUUAAAUUUUUAAGAUCAUUUCCACCUGAGAUCUGUUAAGUUUUCAUACCAAAAAGACUAUGGAUCUGAAAAAUAGAGAUGGUUUGAAGCACGUAGUAAAGUUAAUAGAAAGUGAUGGUUACGAUUUCAAGCUAGUUAAAAACUGGACGCCCCGUUUGGAAUGCGGUCUGCAGGAGUACGAUAAAGUGUUUGUCCCUGUUUAUAAAAUAUCGCACUGGUGCUUGGCUGUUAUAAACAAUAAGGACAAAAAGUUUCAGUAUUUUGACUCCCUUGGAGGCAGCGAUAGUCAAGUUAUGAAAGUGUUGGCCAAGUACAUCGUUGAUGAGGUUGCAGCCAAGAAAAACCAACGCAUUGAUGUCUCUGAUUGGGAGAGAGAAUUUGUCAAGAACAUUCCGAAACAGGAGAACAGUUAUGACUGUGGCGUGUUCAUAAUGAAGUACGCAGACUUUUAUAGCAGAAAGAGUGACCACUUGUUUGGCCAGAAAGAUAUGCCAUAUUUCCGGAGGAGGAUGGCGUUGGAGAUACUCAGAUUGAAUGCAUCUGAAUAGCAAUGGUGAUUUGAGCAUGUAGGCUGAAUCUCUCAUACUUCAUUGUGAAGUUUUUUUUUAGGAGUUUGCACAAUAGUUUAGGCUAUUGCCACUUUUGGAUGUUUCAUACUAUUUCUGUAAAGUUUUUUUUUUUUCUUCCGUUUUUGUUCAUUAUGGAAGGAAUUGUCCAGAAAAUUACCAGUUACUUUUGAUA